GGACUGUGAAUUUGCUAGGGGCCUAAAUAUGGGAUACAGAUGUUGUGAGAUUAAUGCACGCAGCAACUCACAAGCAUUCAAUAGAGACUAAACGCAUCCUUAUAAUUCUAAUACAGUCAAACCUCGCAAUAAUGCGAAUUCGGAUAUAACGCGAUCAUAAGUUGGCUCCCCUUUAAGGCCGUAAUACUGUUUGCAUUUUACCGGAAUACUUUUUUUACGACAUUUUUAAAUAAACCGUGUUCUUCCGGUCUUAUAAGAUAAAGUGACUCGUGGCCAUUGCAGGCCCACUGCACUUAGUUCUCGGGUUGUACAUGUGUAUGGUGUUUGCCUAUGAACUUGUUAUUAGUUUCCUAUAUUUUUUUAAAAAAAUAUUUUACCAUUAUGGAUACGCCAUUCGCAAAUGCAAGUCAUUUUCUGCCCAAGAGAAAUUGUACGCCCUGGAUCAACUAAAGAAGGGCAAACAACAAACUCAGCUUGCUAGAGAUCUGGGAAUUAGCGAGUCCACUCUGCGAGUGUGGAAAAAAGAAGAAAAGCUCUGUAGCCUACCCUGCAUUCUUGAAGAGGAAACUGGUUUACAGUGUAAAAAGGUCAAGUUUGCUAAUGACGAAAGCCUAGAUUCAGCCUUGUACCAAUGGUUUGUCCAGGCUUGCUCAGAAGGAGUUCCCGUUUCUGGCCCUAUUCUGAAAGCUCAAGAGAGAAAUUCAAUCGCCUUAUCAAUGGAAAUGAAUCCAAAUUUAAGGCGAGUAAUAGCUGGCUGGACAGAUUUAAGAAAAGGCACAUUAUAAGCCAAGUUCUUGUGUCGGGGAAAUCCAUUCAGCUGAUAAAGAGGCUGCUGAUUCCUACCCAGUUGAGCUUAAAAUGUUGCUGGAGGAAGGUUGCUACACAGCCGAUCAAGUUUACAACUGCGAUGAGACUGGUUUAUACUUUAAAAUGUUACCCAAUCGCACCCUCGCAACCAGGACUGAUAGUCACAAAUGAGAAGGCUUUAAGCAGAGGAAGGACCGAGUCACUCUCUUUAUGGCUGCCAGACUUGUUGACGCAAAACAAGUCAGAUCUCUGAUGAUCGGAAAAGCGAGGUCUCCCAGAUGUUUUCAUCAUGUUAAUAGGAAGGCCCUUCCCUUUGAAUAUACCAACAGCAAGAAUGCAUGGAUGAAUAGCUCCAUAUUUGAAGACUGGUUCCAUAAAACUUUCGUGCCAGCCAUUUGGGCUCCUUUGCAAAAACUCAAGCAAGAGGAAAAAGCUCUCCUCCUGCUGGAUAAUUGCCCUGCUCACCCCACAAGGAAAAUCUUGUCAGUUGUGAUGGCAAGAUUAAAAUCUCAUCUCCCGAAGAACUCUACGUCAGAAAUCCAGCCACUGGACUAAGGCAUCAUAUCUGUAUUUAAGCAAAACUAUCAUAGUGAAAUGAUUAAGCGGAUGGUAGCGGAUAACACCUCCUCCACCGACACAUCACUGGCGUAACUCAACUUGAAAGAAGUCUGUCACCUCGGCGGGAAAGCCUGGGAUGCUAUCUCUGCACGUUGCAUUGAAUGAUGCUGGAUAAAGGGUCUUGGUCCAGUUUUUCUGUCAUCUACACACGAUGAUGGUAAUGACAACGAGCUUGAAUUUACAAGAUUCAUUGAAGACAACGUACGUUUAGCCCAAGAAGCACUCAGAGAAUAUGAGCACAGUCAUCAUGAUAUCCUCAACUGGUUUUCAGCAGAUGACAUCUGCCCCAUAUAUGAACACAUCUCAGAUGACGAAAUUGUUGCAAACGUCAGUGGGAAGAAUGAAGCUGCACCAUCAGAGCCCGAAACCAGUGGCGCUAAUGACAAUGACAAGGAUGGUGGCACCUCAACUCCUCCACCAAAAGUGUCCAAGGUAGUAAAGCACCUAGAAGCCAGUUUGAGGUGCUGGAAACUCAAGACGUGGACAGCGUCAAAAUCCUCCAACUCAGAAGCAUUCUUGACUUUGCUAGAAGCCAACAGCAAAUAAACAGACCACACUAGAUAGCUUUUUUUAAGAAGUGAUGAAAUUUAAAAUUGACUUUGCACUCUGUGCAAUGAUUAGUAUAGUCGAUUUCACAUGUUUCUUUCAUGUACAUGUAAUUAAAUUAUUACUUUUGUGUUUAAAACACGCUGGGAUAACCAUGGUUUUUAACAAGACUUAAACUGACUGGCUUGAAAUGGUAAAUUUUUGUAACCCCGCUAAAAAGCGACCCCACAUUUAUUGCUAUCAAAUUUUUUGGACCCCAAUUAUCGCAUUAUAGCGGGGUUUCACUGUAGUUAUUUUAACAAUAUUAACACACAGGUGAGCCAGACUGAUUCCAGUUGUGUGUUUGUCGGUCUUCAGUUGAGACAAGGGGACCGUGGCAUAAACUAGAACCUGGUCUGCCAGCAUCAGAGUGGAAUCACCACCCAAGGGCACCAGAACUCCUGCUUCUAGCCUCUGAGUAAAGCUGGAUUCAGACUCCCAGCUCCUGAGCACAGGAAGAUCUGCACCUGCAGUGAAGAAUAUGAGACGAGGUGGUUGCUGAGUGAAGAAACUGUUGCAUCUGCUAUGGAGUCAGGUACCUGUGUAAUGCUCCCACUAGUUUCCUGCCUCCACUCGCUGCAGCUCUGGACCGUCCUGCUUCUGGCCUUAGCAGUCUCUUCACAUGGCGUCUGGUCUCUUCGCUCCCGGAGUCCCCUUGCUCCCCGGCCACUCUGUGCCCGUCGCAGUCCCUCAGCUGCCAGGCCUGUUUGCAUUUGGGACAAGAUCUCACCAUCAGAGAGAGACUCUCGCUUCAUCACACUGCGCCAGCGAUCUCUGACACCACGGGAUGGGGAGCUGCGUCAUGUGAUGCGGCUGAGGCGCCAGGCCCCAGGGGCCCGGCCUGCCACCCCCUCUGGGUUUGAGGAAGGGCUACCUUCAUCCCAGUACCCCUGGGCCAUUGUAUGGGGCCCCACAGUGUCAGAUGAGGAUGGAGGUGAUCCCAACUCAGCCAAUCCAGGCUUCCCACCUCUGGGUUACACCUUUGUUUCACCACACGGGAUGGCAACGGCACAACCCAACUCCCACUCGCUGCUGCACAAUGCGGGGCUCAACCUGCGGGAGACCCCUGCCACGCUGAGGCCCUUCUUGUUUGCGCCCCGGGGGGAAGGUGUGGAUCCUCAGCUGUAUGUUACUAUCACAAUCUCCAUCAUUAUUGUCCUAGUUGCCACCGGGAUAAUAUUCAAGUUCUGCUGGGACCGUAGUCAGAAGCGUCGUCGUCACUCUGGCCAGCAGAGUGGGGUGCGGCAGCAGGAGAGUCAGCAGCCACUCACAGACCUGUCGCCCACCACAGUCAGCAUCCUCGGACCCUAUGGAGACACAGUGGUCCCGACACCUGAGACGGAGGAGCCCAGGCAGGUCCAGGAGGGUGUAGAGAAACUGGGGGGCCAGGGGAAGAGCAGGACCUUCCAGCUCAACCGGAUUCCACUGGUAAACCUGUGAGAGCAGCAGAGCUGGCUUCCACAACCCCUCUUGUCACGUCCAGGGAGUGUUCUGUUGCCUCUGCUACACCAGAAACAAGUUGCUUGUGCCACAACUUUCCACCACCAUCAUUAACUUAACCAUCCCAGGAUGUGCUUGGGCAAUGGACAGACUGGGCCUCACUGGUCCCAUGCUGGGGGAGAGAAAGCAUGGGGAUAACCCACAAGAUGGGGUGACAAGGGAGCGGGGGGUGCAAGAGCAGUUGGUGUUGUGAAAUCUAAACCCCCUGACCCUCACCCAACAUACACAAUGCACUUUGAUCUCUGAGAAUAACCCACCAGUGCAUGCCUAACAUGGGGGUACGGGAGGUGGAGAGGCAAGGUCCUACCCCCAGUCCCAGUCUGUUUGUUCCUUCCUGUGUCGUGUGCUUUGAAGUGUCUUCCGAAUAGCUGGAGCUCCAUGGUUGCAGAAUUCCCAGCCUUAGGCAGGGAUUCCGAUGGGGUGGGGGGGUGUCUUCUGCUAAGGCCUUGACCUCUCCUAAGGGACCCAGGUACUGGCAGCAGCUACUGGUGGGUGUUGGGAAGACCUCACUCAGCACCUGCCCCCCCCCUUCCAUGGGGGAACCUUGCAUCUCCCUCUGUAAGUCCUGUCUCUUUGUUUUCUCUUUCUCCCAAUGCUCCUCCUUCUCUCUGUCUCUUCCUCUAUAACCUGGAAAUCAUCAUCUUUUCUCUCUCACUGGGAAAGGCUGCAGAAUAGUUUCCAUACUCGCCCUGCUUCCAGGCACUCAGAUCUUUUAGACCCCAGCUGUCAGGGUUCCCUCCUCACUCUGAACUACAGGAUACAGAUGUGGGGACACUCAUGAAAGACCCCCUAAGCUUAUUUCUACCAGCUUAGGUUAAAACUUCCCCAAGGCACAAAUCUCUAUUUGUCCUUGGACUGAGGUAUGCUUCCACCACCAAGUGAUUUAGACAAAGAAUCAGGGAAAGGACCACUUGGAGUUCCUAUUCCCCCAAAAUAUCCCCCCAAGCCUACACCCUCCUUUCCUGGGGAGGCUUGAAAAAUAAACAAGGUGAGCACAAACCAGACCCUUGGGUUUGUAGGACACUAAAAACCCAAUCAGAUUCUUAAAAAACAAAACUUUAUUAUACAGAAAAAAGAGUAAAAGAAGCAUCUCUGUAAAAUUAGGAUGGAAGGUAAUUUUACAGGAUAAUCAGAUUCAAAACACAGAGGAUUUCCCUCUAAGCAAAACUUAAGUUACAAAAAAACAGGGAUAAACCUCCCUGCAGCACAGGGAAAAUUCACAAGCUAAAACAAAAGAUAAACUAAUGCAUUUCCUUGCUUUGCUUACAAUUUUUGUAAUCUAGAUGCUUAGUUCAAGUAGGGCUUUGGGAGAUGUAUUUUCCCUGUCCUCAUUCCUUGCUGACCCAGAGAGAACCAACAAAGAGAACAAAGCAAAAACCAUCCCCCACAGAUUUGAAAGUAUCUUCUCCCCUUAUUGGUCUUUUUGGUCAGGUGCCAACCAGGUUACCUGAGCUUCUUAACACUUUACAGGUAAGGAGGGAUUUUAUGAUACCCUUAGCUGUAUGUUUAUGACAUGCCCCGCAAAUCAUAGACCGUGCUGGACAGCCUGCUUCACACUGACUGUGAUUUCUUCCUGGAGCUCUAGGAGAAAACAGAAUAAAUAAGACACAUACACCUUUAGAUAUACUACUGAUUACAUAAAAAUUCACAAUAUUUUUCACAUUUCAAGGAUGAUUUUAACCAGUUGAUUCUGGGAAACUUUCACAGGAGAGUGCAUCAGCCACUUUGUUAGAAGUUCCUGAAAUGUGUUGUAUUUCAAACUCAAAAUCUUGAAGAGCUAAACUCCACUGAAGAAGUUUUUUGUUAUUGUCCUUGACGAUACAAAGCCACUGUAGCGCAGCAUGGUCGGUUUGCAGGUGGAAACACCGUCCCCAAACGUAUGGGCAUAGCUUCUCCAGAGCGUAGACAAUGGCGUAACAUUCCUUUUCGCUGAUUGACCAGUGGCUUUCCCUCUCAGACAGUUUUUUUUGCUGAGAAAUACAACAGGAUGGAAUUCUUGAUCCGGUCCUUCCUGCAUUAAAACUGCUCCUACACCACGCUCGGAUGCAUCUAUAGUGACCAGGAAAGGUUUGUCAAAGUCUGGAGCCCUUAGCACAGGGUCAGAGAUGAGUGUCGCUUUAAGCUGGUGAAAGGCGUUCUGAGACACUUCAGUCCACUGAACUGCAUCUGGCUGUUUCUUUUUGGUUAAAUCUGUCAGUGGGGCGGCAAUUUGGCUGUAGUGUGGUACAAAUCGCCUGUAAUAUCCAGCCAAGCCUAAGAAGGAUUGGAUCUGUUUCUUUGACUUUGGGACAGGCCACUUUUGGAUAGCAUUCACUUUAGCCUGUAGGGGGUUGAUAGUUCCUUGACCCACCUGGUGUCCAAGGUAAGUCACUCUGUUUAGGCCUAUUUGAUGCUUUUUAGCCUUAACGUUUAGUCCUGCCUGCCUUAUGCAGACUUUUUGCAGAUGCUCCAGGUGUUCUGCCCAUGAAUCAGAAAAGAUGGCCACAUAGUCAAGGUAGGCGACUGCAGAUUCUCCUAAUCCUGCUAGGAGACUAUCUACAAGCUUCUGGAAAGUAGCAGGUGCAUUUCGCAGCCCAAAAGGGAGCAUAUUAAAAUUCAUACAGCCCUACAUGGGUGAUGAAGGCUGACCUUUCCUUGGCGGAUUCAUCCAGUGGUACUUGCCAGUACCCCUUGGUUAAGUCUAAGGUAGAGAUGAACUGGGCCCGCCCCAGUUUCUCCAAUAGCUCAUCUUUGAGUGGCAUUGGAUAGUUGUCUGGGUGAGUUACAGCAUUUAGCUUAUAGUAGUCCACGCAAAAACGUAUCUCCCCAUCUGGUUUGGGAACUAGAACCACUGGAGACGACCAUGCACUGUUAGAGGGGUGGAUUACACCCAUUUGUAGCAUGUUCUGGAUCUCCGUUCUAUAGCAGUUUUGGCUUGAGGAGACACCUGGUAAGGUUGGGCUCUAAUUGGGUGAGCAUUACCUGUGUCAAUGGAGUGGUAUGCCCUUUCGGUUGAUCCUGGGGUGGCUAAGAUCAUCGGUGUGAAGCUAGUGCACAGCUCCUUGAUCUGCUGUCGCUGCAUACAACCAAGGGUCAUGGAGUGGUUCACCUCUUCCACACCACUGUCACUUUUUCCUUCGUAGUAGACCCCUUCGGGCCACUCAGCGUCAUCUCAUCCAUGGGCUGUAAACUGACAAACCUUUAAUUCCCUGGAAUAAAAGGGCUUUAGAGAAUUAAAAUGGUAUGCUUUAGGCUUUUGGUUUGAGGUGGGGAAUGCUAUGAGAUAGUUAACAGCACCCAAGCGCUCUUGGACCGUGAAUGGCCCUUCCUAUGACGCUUCCAUCUUAUGGGUCUUGAGAGCCUUCAAGACCAUAACCUCGUCCCCUACUUUGAAGGAACGCUCUCUGGCAUGGUUAUCAUACCAGGCUUUUUGCUCUUCCUGAGCAUCUUUUACGUUUUCUCUAGCAAGGGCUAAAGAGGUUCAGAGGGUAUUUUGUAGGUUGGUUACAAAGUCCAGAAUGUUAGUUCCUGGAGAAGGUAUAAACCCCUCCCAUUGCUGCUUCACCAACUGUAAUGGCCCCUUAACCUCACGGCCAUACACAAGUUCAAAUGGUGAAAACAUAAACUGGGGCGUGGUACAGCUCGGUAGGCAAAGAGCAACUGCUGCAACACUAGGUCCAAUCAUUGGAGUGCUCAUUUAUGAAUUUACGUAUCAUGCCCCCCAAAGUUCCAUUAAAUUUCUCCACCACGCCAUUUGUUUGAUGGUGGUAAGGGGUGGCAACCAAGUAGUUCACCCCAUGAGCUUUCCACAGGCUUUUCAUGGUCCCUGCCAGGAAAUUAGUUUCUGAAUCCAUAAGGAUGUCGGAGGGCCAACCUACCCUGGCAAAAAUGUCUGUUAAUGCCUGGCACACACUUUUAGCCCUGGUGUUGCUUAGAGCUACCGCUUCCGGCCAUCGGGUGGCAAAAUCCAUGAAAGCCAGUAUGUACUGCUUUCCUCUGGGUGUCUUUUUUGGAAAAGGACCCAGAAUAUCCACAGCUACUCACUGAAAGGGAACCUCAAGGAUGGGGAGUGGCUGAAGAGGGGCUUUGACCUGGUCUUGAGGUUUUCCCACUCUUUGGCAUACCUCACAAGACGGGACAUAGGUCGAAACAUCCUUGCCCACUCCCUCCCAGUGGAAGGACUUCCUCAAACGGUCUUUGGUUCUGUUCACCCCAGGAUGGCCACUAGGAUGAUCGUGGGCUAAGCUAAAGAGCUUUACCCGGUACUUAGUUGGAACUACCAGCUGUCUCUUUCUACAACAAACCGGGAUUGAUUAGAAGAGCUGAGAGGCAGUUUGGUCUCCUCUCCAAGGUGAUGUUUUCAGAAAGCUUGAGGCAAAAUCCUCUAGCCAUUUUGUAGUUCAGGACGUAUGAAAAACAAUCCUGAGCAAGGUAACUGCCCUGCAUACAAUCCUGAGCAAGUCUUUUAUAGGGCUACUGCAAAAGCUGAUGAAGCAUAACGCAUGGAGAUGGCUGGCUGGACAGAACUCUUACUGGGAACUGGGGCUUUGGCUAGGUGUUUGGUGGGGAAGUGGCUUGGAUUUAACAAAGAUCUGAUGAUGGUUUCAGCUGAGCCUUCUAUCAGGACCCAAGCAGCCCAAAUGGGGUGAGGAAAGGGCAGCGGAGGCAGUGAGGGAUUGAUGCCAUGGGACAGGCAAAGAGGGGACCCACCCUGUCCAUGUUGCAAAAGGGAGCAGUUCAGAGGCCACACAUGGGAAUGUUUUGAGGGUGCUAUAUACCAUUCAGUUACUCCUGGACUGCUCCCAGUCCACCAGACAGCACUUGUGAGAGACAGAAAGAAGGACAGACAGAGGUGGGAUAUUCACAGACAAUUAGGAUGGGGCCAAAUGCCUAGGACACAACGGUUAUGUUGUCACUGCCAGAAAAGGUGUGUUUGUACAAUCCUAGUGGAGACAAAGCUCUGAGUCUCUGCCAUGAUGGAGCUAGUUGAGGUCAACUAUUGACCUCAUCUACCUAUCUUGCAGUAAUAAGUGCCUGUGCCUUGUCCCCACUAGGAUUUUACAGUGAGCUAGCCAACAUGAGAUAGUCAUCUCAGCGUAAAGAAACCACUUUGUUUGUGAAGACAUAGCCAAAGAGCAAAGACUCCACAGCACAGAGACCUUCAGUAGAUAAACCACAGGAGCAAGAAAAGCCCUGGUCCUGCCCAAUAGCCCAGCUGUGCAAAGCAAUUCACUGGAUCUUAGUAGCAGAACGUCAUCAUUUCAAGCUUUGCCACCACUAAAUUGAUUUGUGUUUCAAAUGUUAAAUUCUCCAGGGUUACUUGGGUCCCACAAGAAACGCCAUUGUCUCCCUUUAUUCUCUUCUUAAUGCCUGUCCAGAUAGAACCACCUCUACCUGGUGGAGGGGGAAAGAGACCAAAUGGUUUGAUGUAUUUUCUAUUUAAUUCACUGACAAGGCUAUUGAUAGGGACAUGAAAAAGUUACCUGUAAUUACCUUUAUAAAACACAACAAACAAACAAUAGACAUUUGGAAAUGCUGAUGUUUAAGUAAAAUUACAGGCUUAUUUUUU